UGAAACAAAAAAUGUCUGAAAACGUAGGGAAAGAUGAGAGGAAAGUCACUGAAGGGCAAUGGACUACCGGUUUAUACGAUUGUUUCUCUGAAGAUAUCUCUACAUGUUACUUCACAUGGUUUUGUCCUUGCGUUGCGUUUGGGAGGAUCGCUGAGAUUCUUGACAAAGGAGAAACAAGUCAAGGACUUGCUGGAUUAAUGUUGGUGGCAAUGUCUAAAGUUGGAUGUGGAUGGUACUAUGCUUCAAAAUACAGAGCCAAGUUGAGGAACCAAUACUCAUUGCCCGAGGAGCCUUGCUCGGAUGGCGCAAUCCACUUCUUUUGCUGCUCAUGUGCUCUUUCUCAAGAACACCGCGAACUCAAAUAUCGGGGUCUUGAUCCCUCUCUAGGGUGGCAAGGAAACAUGGACCAAAGGACACCGCCGUCUGUAGCGUCAAGCAUGGAACGUUGAAGAAGAAUAAUGUAACGUCGACAAAUAGUGAUAUAUAUAAUUGGAUGAUUGAAACAUAAUAUUUUUAUGGUAAUUUUGUUUGUAAAAUGUUCUAUAUAUG